ACCAAAACAAGAUAUUGAAUCAAAUCAAUCAAAAUGGAAAUAUUUCCUAUUCUCUUGACUCUUGUCUCCAUCCUCGUUGCUGCUUCGGUCUUCGUUCGCUUACAUCGACGGCCGACAAAGAACAGACGAGAGGUGCCACUUGCAGCCGGAGCAUGGCCAGUCAUCGGCCAUCUGCUUUUCUACGACAGCAAGACGCCAACUCACGCCACGUUCGGGGACAUGUCCGUAGUCUACGGACCCGUUUUCGCCACCAAGCUCGGUUCCUACACAAGUAUCAUCAUAAGCAGCCAAGAGAUUGCCAAAGAAAUCUACACUGUCCAUGACAAGUUCUUGGACAGGCCUGGUCUCACCGCAUCUAAGCUGUUAGGCUACGACGACAGCUUCCUGACUUUCAAACCUUACGGCCCUCAGUGGCGGGAGAUGCGCAAGAUCGCUGCCACGGAGCUUCUUUCGAGCAUUCGUGUCGAUAUGCAGAGUCAUUACAGAGCUGGAGAGGCUGAUGUCUCGUUCGGGAAUCUAUGGAAACUGUGGGAGAGCAAGGGAAGGGCCAAGAAUGGAGUUCUUGUGGACAUGAAGCGGGAGUUUCAGGAUCUGACGGCGAACACCUCGUUAAUGAUGGUUGUCGGGAAAAGAUACUUCGGGGACAGUCCAAACUGUGAGAAGGAAGAAGCAAUGGAACGUCGGAAACUGGUGCGAGACUUUCUGGAUUUCUUUUCUCUUUACUUGUUCUCCGAUUUCCUGCCGGCUCUUGGAUGGACGGAAUGGAGAGUCAAAAGGGACAUGAAGAGAGCGGCUAAGGAAUUGGAUGUGGUUCUUGAAGAAUUGAUUGCAGAACAUAAGAACAAGAAGAAACACGAUCUGGGUCUUGGGGAAAUAAAGAAAACAUACUUGGAUCUACUGAUGGAUACCUUUGAACACACCGAGAUCCCGGGUUUGGACGCUCGGACAACCACCAAGGCUCUCUGUCUGAAUCUGAUACUGGCAGGAAGCGAGACGGCCAUCGUCGUUCUCGUCUGGGCAGUUUCGCUACUCGUCAACAAUCCACACGUGAUUAAGAAAGCUCAAGAAGAGCUAGACAACAUCGUCGGAAAGAACAGAGUUGUGGAAGAAUCCGACAUCAAAGACCUUGUCUACAUCCAAGCAAUAGUCAAGGAAACUUUCCGUUUAUACCCACCGGUCCCUCUAGUCGCUUUCAGGCAUGUGUUGGAUGAUUUCGACGUCGCCAAUGGAACCUAUCAUGUCCCUGCAGGCUCUCUCCUGCUGGUGAACGCGUGGAAGAUUCAGCGUGAUCCGAGCCUGUGGUCUGAUCCCGAACGUUUUGAGCCGGAGAGGUUUCUAACAGUUGACAACGACGUGGACGUUGGAGGGCAAAGUUUCAAGCUUUUCCCGUUCGGGUUGGGACGAAGGUCGUGCCCUGCCAUCCCUCUAGGUCUUAGGAUGGUGCAUUAUGCAUUGGCCAGAUUCUUACACAGCUUCGAAGUGGCCAAGCCCUCGAUUGAAGAAGACAUGGACAUGACUGAGAGCAAUGGCUUGGUGAACCUGAAAGCCACCCCUCUUGAAGUUAUGGUCACUCCUCGGCUCGAUCCACAUCUGUAUCAAUUCAAUAUGUAGUAUGAAAAUAUGGACCGACGAAGCCGCUGUUGGAAUGAAAUAAAAAUGCUAUCGAGACAUGUUUUACCAUUUGAAAAAGAUUUGAUUUAGUUA